AUGUUUCACAAGACGAUCAAAGAUCCAACGGUGUCCAGACUUCCAUUAAAGAAAAAAAGAAAUCGUAUGAUGACGGUUUUACGACAGGAUUUAAUGAACAGAAGUCAACUGAAAUCGUUCAAAGUAAGCAUCAGGAGUAAAUAUAGUGCUUCACUACCAGCCUUAACAAGUCAUAGACGUGAUAUACAGCAAUCUUACAGAUCAUUACAAAAACAACCAGCUUCUAGACUAGCCAGUGUGCAUUAUUGUAGUUCAUCAUCAGAUACUGAUGACACUUGUUUAUCAACAACUGAUCUCCGAAAGGUCAAGAUAUUACAGACCUUGAUCAAAAUGGGAGUACAGCUGCCUCCAAAACAUUCCAUGUCCAAGGAGGAAUUGGCACAGAGUGACGAAAAGAAAGUGUUGAAGUAUAUGGCCAACAGUUCUAGACGAGGAAGCUUGACUGCGAGGACGUUAGCUUCCUUUCAGAGGCAAACAAGUUACGACAGUGAAUCGGGUGCUGAUGAUGAAUCUGAUUCGAUUCUUCCUGCGAUACCUACUGAUCGGAAGAAGUUCGCCUCAAAGGCUAGAGCAUUAUCCUGGCUUCAUGGUCGUGGUGAUGACAGCAACUCUGUAUCUCCAGAACCCGUAAAAAUCAAUCGCAGGAAGCGAAAAAAGCAAAACAAUGACAGAUUUAAGAAGUUGACUAAAUUUCUCAUCUUGUUUUUCCGUUCAUGGAAAAUCCACGCAACAAGAAAACAAAUGUUUCUUUACAAACACUGUCGUAUUGAAGAACAAAAGUCUUCAUUUAUCGCACUGUAUUAUGUGAAUCCGUAUGAAAAUGAAGGAAAACAACAUUUAGCAUCAAGAUAA